GGAAGGAAAUGUUGAUGAUGUUUUUAUUAUUAGGGGACCAGGAUCAUCAUAUACACAUGGAAGGAUAUCAAGUUUCAAACCAGUGUAUGGCUCUGGUCGGAGAUAACUGUCUUGUUCCUACCAAAGAUGCUCCGGAACUUGGCUACGUGAGAGAGAGUAGUAAUGAACAGUAUGUUCCCGAUGUGUUCUAUAAGGAUAAAGACAGCUAUGGGAAUGAAGUGACACAAUUAGCGAGGCCUCUUCCUAUCGAAUAUCUACUUGUGGACGUCCCAGCCUCCACACCAAUGGAACCACAAUACACCUUCCAUAUUGACGUUGGUGUUAAGUUAUUUCCCAUAGAAAACAGGCUUCUUGAUGGUCAUAUACAGGAUUUUAAUGCCUUAUCCAGCUAUAUACGUCAGUUUAGUCCAGACAAAUUUCUAGAAACUAUGUCAGAUUUUCAUGUCUUGGUUUACAUUGCUACUAUGGACACUUUACCUCUCAAGGAUGCUUUAGAUCCUUUACUAGAAGCCAUCCGAGCCAAGAAUCGUGAAUUGGCCAGUCACUGGUCUCGGAGUGAGCAGUGGGCCACUGUGGAACAGCUUAUUGCAGCUCAAUGUAAGUAGAACCUGUGUGUAUGUUGAUGGGAUCCACCUGUCAGUUUGUCUUCAGAAUAAAAGGUGGUCUUUAGUACAGUUAUUAGCUGUGUCUGUUCACACCUUCAGUGUCUUUACAACAAUUAGUAUCUCUGUCUGUUCACACCUUCAGUGUCUUUACAACAAUUAGUAUCUCUGUCUGUUCACACCUUCAUUGUCUUUAUUCCAAUUAGUAGCUGUGUCUGUUCACAUCUUCAGUGUCUUUACAACAAUUA